AACUUUAUCAUGAUCAGGGAGUGAUUCUAGAACAUCGAAUCAAGUGUCCCGUUCAGCUUAAAGAAUCGCAAACCUUUGAAACGUUCCUGGGUUUCCGAUGUCCAUUCGAUUUUGCCGCUCCGUGGAGACCAGCUCACACACGCAAGAACGAAUCCUCUCAUCCCUGAGUCGAGUUCAUGGUCAAAACUUGUCUCUGUCAAAACCACUCACCCGGUCCACUACCAACACAACAAAAUGCCGACACUCAUCAUCACGCGGGAACCAGUCUCAGUUUCCAGAAUCUCCAACGCGACGACCCUGGCGGCGAGAAACGAAAUCCGCCCCAGAUCCUCGCCGUUGUUGUGAGUAAAAAAAUCACCAAUAACGACGAUCACCGCGCCGUGAUAACGGGAAUGAAAGAUAAAACGGAGCGAUGGAAAUAACCUUAUCAAAAGCUCCGAGUAUCGAAAAUAAACACGGUGAACGGAGGCUCACGUAUUCCGCUCGUGAAAAAGAGACCCAGUGUGAUUGUGUCGUUGUAGCUCCGUUCCAAUUUCGACGGAAACGAAACCGGUGCGCGGGAUCUCGCGGGAGAAAAGUUUUUCCGGAGCGUGGAAAUCGGGUGAAAAGUGCGAGGAAGUGCCCCUCGGUGCGUGAAAGUUCGGGAGUGACAUUUGUGACGUGAAGCAACGUCUCGAUCCCUGAUCGGGGAAUGAAAAUUGGACGAUGGAAACGGACCCGUUGAUCGCCAAAAGUCCUGCUCGUGGAUUGAAAGGAAAUAGCGGAAAGCCGGAGUCAGGUCUCGAGCAAAUAGAUGAGGAGGAGAAGGAUCAAACAGAUGAAGUUGGACAGGUGACGGGGAACUUCGGAAUAUGGCAGUUCUGGAUAUGUCUAUCUGUUUCGAUGGUAAAGUGGGUGGAUGCAUGGCAUCAUUUGGCCAUUAUUUUCCUAGCCCCGGUCACAGAGUUCCAAUGUGCAGAGGGCGACUACAUAACUUCGGCCGACCAGUGUUUUGUCAUCAAUAAUGGCACUUACGAGGCCUGCCAUAAGUGGGAAUUCGAUACCAGUAUAUUCAAACAAACCAUCAUCUCUGAGUUUGGUCUAGUUUGCGACAAAAACCAGCUGCCGAAUGUCGUUCAGUCUGCAUCUAUGCUGGGAGGACUCGUUGGAAGUAUGCUCUUUGGAGUAGCAGCAGACAGGUAUGGACGGAAGAAGCCCUUGAUUAUUGGUGUGGUGGGUCAACUAGUCGCUGGAGUGGCUGCAGCCUUCAUGCCAACCUACGAGCUUCUACUCCUUUUCAGGUUCAUCACAUCCGUUGCCGUUGGAGGAACAAUGGCCGUUAGUUGUGUUUUAUGUAUGGAAGUAGUCGGUGGGAAAUGGAGGACAAUAGUGGGAACAUUGUACCAUAUUCCUUUCAACUUUGGUCACAUGACAUUACCCGUCAUCGCUUACUUCACACGGUCAAGCUGGCGGAUCUUUGAGAUCGCCAUAUCCUUACCAUCGGCUCUGCUCUUGUCAUACUGUUGGCUUACACCGGAGAGUCCACGAUGGCUAGUCGCAACCGGGCGAGGCGAAAAAGCUCUACCUAUUUUAGAUCAAGCAGUGAGAGCCAACGAAAGAGAAUUCCCCGCCGAUUUGCGAGAGAGCAUUAGAAGAUCACCGGCUAUUGUGAAAAAGAAGCCAAGUAUCUUUGAUUUGUACAAAACUCCAAACUUGCGAAUCAGGAUAAUAGCUGCUCACGUCAACUGGAUUAUUUGUGGACUGAUUUACUACGGACUGGCUCAGUACAUGGGUAGAAUCGGUGGAAAUAUAUUUAUAAAUGUUUCUCUAUCUGGGAUCAUUGAAUUACCUGGUGGUAUAUUUUGUAUGUACUUGAUGGAUACAUUUGGCAGGAAAAAGACAAUGGUAGCAUCUAAACUACUCAUAGCAGCCUCAAUGUUAUUGAUAACACAGUGCUCCAGUGAGGAUGAAAAUGCGACUGAAAGAAUAAUUCUGGCGUUCUUCGGUGUCGUCGGAAUUUCGACAGCAUUUCCAACGUUGCACUUAUUUACGGGAGAGCUGUUCCCCACAGUGCUUAGGAAUGUCGCCAUAGGAUCAGGUGUUAUGUUCAGUCUGCUUGGGUCCAUGGUUUCACCGUUCGUCCUAUCAUUGGACGAGUACGGCGCUUAUUUGCCGCCUCUGGUGUUCGGACUUUGUCCUUUGGUUUCAGCGGCCUCUUGCAUGUUGCUACCGGAAACUUUGGGCUCGGAGCUUCUGCACACUUUAGAGGACUGUGAAAACUUUGGAAAGAAUUCAGACAACAUGAAACAAGGCAAGGUGAAUUCAUCUUUUGUUGGAGACGAAAGCAGUACAGAUAAGCCUUAGUAAAAGGUAAAAAUCAUCUUGUACGGCGAGAGGUGCAAUACAACAUUACUAUUUGUAAAGUAUACACAUUUCUGUAAAUUCCUGUAAAUUAUUUGCCUGUUCAAUUGUCUUUUAAAUCCGAAGUAGUGCAGGGUAACGAACGUACUGAAACAAUGCUACCUGAAAUCUGUGCGACUUGGGAUGUAGGUCGAGUUACUAAUUAUUUUUAGUUAUACUCGUAGGUAUUUCAAAUACCAAUAGAUCUGUAAACUCAGCCAACUGCAACACGUGUUCAAAUAACAGUUUUGUGUUAUUUUGCACGAAAAUGAAUUCUUGGUAUAGAAAAAUAUGUUUAAUGUCUGGAUAUUAUUUACAUUUUUAAAGUAAGUGAAUGUUAGAAUCUCUAAACUUCGCGAAUUUUUAACAGUUUUUGAUUAUGUGAAUUUUAUGAAAGAAAUAAAAGUGAAUAAUAAUUAUUUUAGCUGAACAUAUGGAGUAGAAAUAACACGUGGUUUCUGCUUCUUGUUGCUUACGUUUGUUUUUGGCUGUGAUUAUCCACGUUUUAUCUGGAUGGAUAAAUUCCUAAUAUGCUCAUCCAGAAUAGUGAAAAUCUAUAAUUUUAAGUUUAUUUUCGUAAAUUUAAAUUUAGAUCGAAACACAUAACUCGAUGAGAAUUUUUAGCAUGGCAGAGAUAAAAGUCUAAAUUAAAUUAAUUCUUUUGUCUCUGUUGCCUCCCAAACAGUUUAAACAUGAGAUUCUUAUUAGCAUAUUCAUCUUACUUGCUUAUUUUCUCUUAAAAGCAAUUGUGCAUCCCUUCAAAGGGAGCAACUUUCAUGAUUCCUAGGAUAGGCAGUGCCCCCGUGAUGUGCCAAAGCUGUGAUUCAAGUCUCAUAGAGACAUAUUAUAGCUUUUGAUAUUGUAACAUAUUUUUUUACUGUUCUGUUUAAAUAAUUAAAGUAUAAGUAAACAUAGUAUUAAAACCAA